UUUCUUUUAGUUUUAACAAUACAUUUCCAUUUCCUUUUUACAAAGAUACCCUUACGACAGAAAACAAUUCCAAGUAGAAUUAACUGCUGUAAAUUUCGGAGGAGUAUCAACAAAUGAAGACGGCUACGUCCAAGAUUUCAAAGCAUUCCGUCUGAUUUACUUGUUGGAUAAUAACUCAAGAGAAGGAAAGUUGGCUUUAAAAUGGGAAAGAGCAGUUUUGGAGACGUUAACCAAUGUAAAGCUUCAACAUAUUGAAUUUUUUACGUACGCUGGACAAACUAACGACGUAGAAGCGAACAGAAACACCGAGUUAAGUUUCCCACUUUUACUUAUUUCUGGAGUCAUUAUGACAUCAUUCUCUUUCGCGUCUUGUUUAACGUUCGAUGCUGUAAGAAGUAAACCGUUGAUUGGAAUUGCUGCCUAUUUCAGUCCCUUGCUGGGAACAGUAGCUGCCUUCGGUUUACUGUUACAUUGUAAUGUAGAAUACGUUGAUGCGAACGUUGCUGUUGCUUUCCUGACCAUAGGCAUUGGGAUGGACGAUUCUUUCGUAUUGCUGGCUGCUUGGAGACGAACGGAUAGAAACCACAGUGUCAAACAAAGAAUGAGUGAAACCUUUUCUGAUGUUUCUAUUUCCAUAACGAUAACCUCAUUAACCAAUUUUAUAUCAUUCAUUUUAGGAGUUAUAACUCCUUAUAGAAACAUUCGUAUCUUCAGUAUAUACAGCGCCAUUUCCGUGUUAUUCGACUAUAUUUAUCAAAUAUUUUUCUUUGGUGCGGUGAUGGCAAUCGACGGUUACAGAGAAAAGCAUAAUCUUCACUCUCUAUUUUUAUAUCCUGUUCGAAAAGAUACGGCAGAAAGAAAAUCGACCAGCAAGGGAAAUGUUCUGAAAUUUUUCAAGUUUAUAAAAAAUUUUCCCGAAUAUCUGGGUACUUUUCUGAGUAACAAAGUUACCAAAAUAAUAGUAAUAUUUUCAUUCAUUUCUCUAUUAGCAGGAGCAAUUUACAAUAUUAAUUCAAUAAAACAAGGAAUUGAAUAUACUGAUAUUUUUCCAUUUAACUCAUACGCUGCAAAAUAUAUGAAAAUACAUUCUCAAUAUUUCACCGAAUAUCCUCACAGAGUACAGCUGGUGUUCAAUGAAACUCUCGACUACUCAAAUCCAACUGUUCAAAUGGACAUAGAAAACAUUUUAAGAACAUUCGAAAGUGCUCCUUACAUGACUGGAUCCAAUUACACAGAAUGUUGGUUGAGAGAAUAUUUGACUUAUAUUCGCGAUUCUAGAAUAAAUUACUUGAUUAAGGAUUUUGAUGUGAACACGACGCAGGGAUUUCUGGACGGACUGAGAAAAAUUCAAAGACCUAAAACGUUCAUUGAACGAAAAAUUCGACAAAAUCCGGUUCUGAAUUAUCACAUACAGCCACAAUGUGAAUUUCGCGUUGUGACAUUUUCACAGAAUUUAUUAAUCAAAUUUCUCUUUGAAGGCAUUGGGAUGGACGAUUCUUUCGUAUUGCUGGCUGCUUGGAGACGAACGGAUAGAAACCACAGUGUCAAACAAAGAAUGAGUGAAACCUUUUCUGAUGUUUCUAUUUCCAUAACGAUAACCUCAUUAACCAAUUUUAUAUCAUUCAUUUUAGGAGUUAUAACUCCUUAUAGAAACAUUCGUAUCUUCAGUAUAUACAGCGCCAUUUCCGUGUUAUUCGACUAUAUUUAUCAAAUAUUUUUCUUUGGUGCGGUGAUGGCAAUCGACGGAUACAGAGAAAAGCAUAAUCUUCACUCUCUAUUUUUAUAUCCUGUUCGAAAAGAUACGGCAGAAAGAAAAUCGACCAGCAACGAAGAUGUUCUGAAAUUUUUCAAGUUUAUAAAAAAUUUUCCCGAAUAUCUGGGUACUUUUCUGAGUAACAAAGUUACCAAAAUAAUAGUAAUGUUUUCAUUCAUUUCUCUAUUAGCAGGAGCAAUUUACAAUAUUAAUUCAAUAAAACAAGGAAUUGAAUAUACUGAUAUUUUUCCAUUUAACUCAUACGCUGCUAAAUAUACCAAAAUACAUUAUCAAUAUUUCACCGAAUAUUCUCACAGAGUACAACUGGUGUUCAAUGAAACUCUCGACUACUCAAAUCCAACUGUUCAAACGGAUAUAGAAAACAUUUUAAAGGCAUUCGAAAGUGCUCCUUACAUGACUGGACCCAAUUACACCGAAUGUUGGUUGAGAGAAUAUUUGUCUUAUAUUCGCGAUUCUAGAAUAAAUUACAUGAUUAAAGAUUUUGAUGCAAAUACAACGCGGGGAUUUCUGGACGGACUGAAGAAAGUGUUUUUAAAAUUUCACAAUAGAAUAUUUGAAACUGAUGUCGUGUGGAAUAAUGAACGCGACCAUAUUAUUUCAUCUAGAUGUUUACUUACUUAUCGCAACGUUAGAAGCGGAAGUGAUGAAAAAUUCUUAAUUGAAAACUUACGUAAAAUCGCAGCUGAUAGCAAAUAUGACGUGUUUGUUUAUAACAUGUGGUUUGUAUUGUACGAUCAGUAUUUAAAUAUGCCUACAAUUUACUUGAAAGCAAUAGGAAUCGUUAUUGUGUCGGUAUUUGUAAUAUUCUUUGCACUUAUUUCUGACAUAUCUUACAGCAUUGCUGUUUUAUUUAUGGUUAUUUGUAUUCAAGUAGAAACUUUGGGUUAUGGAAGUGCUUGGAAUGUGGGUUUAAAUCUUAUUUCUGUGACGUUUUUAAUUAUGAGCGCGGGAUUUUGUGUUGAUUACUCGGUGCACAUUGCUCACGCUUACAAAAAUUGCAAAGAAACAGAUCCUUCUGAGAAAAUAAAAGCAUCCUUGCAAUGCAUAGGAUACCCGAUUAUUCAAGGAUGUUUAUCUACUGUCAUCGGAGCAUUAAUUUGUUUUUUCGGACCGUCUUAUUUGUUUAUUGUAUUUUUUAAGGUAAAUGUUUUAGUUAUGAUAUUCUCAAUGUUUAAUGGUUUAAUUGUUUUACCCAUUAUUCUAAGUAUCGCCGACUCCGUUCGUGUUCCCUGGAAGAAACAAAUUAAUAUUGUCGCUGCACGAUAAUCUAACUAUUGUAACAGUCGUUCCUUUUUUUUUGAACUAAUGCAGUUUAUCGAAAUGUCAUUUAUAAAAUUAAAUGUAUGUAUUGAAUUAAU